CACCAUCCCUGGAGAAAUGAGACUAGGCGGUGCAGACGAAGACAAAGAAGAAGAGGCGGCAGGGGUGGUGCAGGGGUGGUGCGCGACAAAUAGAAAGAGACUUGCGCAUGCGCGAAAUAUCGGUGCUGAGUGUCACGUGGUGUGCAUGUGGUGUGUGUGUGUCCUGUCCCGCUGUUUUUCUUGUUGCGCCCAGUGAGAGUGAGUGAGUGUAGCCAUGUCGAUGUCAAAGUCGGCAAACACCUACAACCGUCAGAACUGGGAGCAGUCUAAUGCAAACGAACUCGCUGACUGCAGGAUUUCCCGCUCCUCUGUCAGACGUGUCUGGGGGACAACCCUUACAUUCGAAUGCUCAAAGAUAGCUAUGGAGACGAAUGCAAAGUAUGCCUCAGACCGUUUACUGUCUUCAGGUGGUGCCCUGGAGCCAGGAUGAGGUACAAGAAGACCGAGAUUUGUCAGGCCUGCGCUCAGAUCAAGAAUGUCUGCCAGACAUGCCUCCUGGAUCUGGAGUAUGGGCUGCCGGUCCAGGUUCGAGACCACGGUAUGAACGUCAAGGACAAUCUACCUCAGAGUGACGUCAACAAGGAAUACUUUCUCCAGAACGUUGACAACCAGCUGGCAAGCAGUGGUAAGACUGAGCCGGGAGGGGCAGUGGGUAAGGCACAGGCUCCCAGUGAUGUGCUCAUGAGGUUGGCCAGGACCACGCCCUACUACAAGAGGAACAGACCUCACGUCUGCUCUUUCUGGGUCAAGGGAGAGUGCAAGAGGGGAGAGGAAUGCCCUUACAGACAUGAGAUGCCCACAGACCCAACAGACCCGCUCUCCAAACAGAACCUGAAGGACCGCUACUAUGGAAGCAACGACCCUGUUGCUGACAAGAUGCUCAAACAGGUAUCGGAGAUGCCUCAGCUAACUGCACCAGAGGACCAGACAAUCACCUCUCUCUAUGUGGGCGGAGUUGAGGGUGACAUCAACGAGAAAGACCUGAGAGGUCAUUUCUACCAGUUUGGGGAGGUUAACUCCAUUCACCUGGUCCCGGCCCAGAAAUGUGCAUUCAUCAAUUUCACCUCGCGCCACUCUGCCGAGCAGGCUGCGAGUGGAUCCUUCAAUAAACUGGUCUUGAAAGGUCACAGAUUGAAGGUGUUGUGGGGCAAAGGUCAGGGGUCAUCUGGUGCCGGAGGAGGAGGGAAGACCGGAGAGAGAUCCCUACCUCCUGUUCCCGGUCUGCCUGCCGCUCUUCCUGCAUUUGAUCCUGAUCCAUUCAAUCUCCAUGGAGCUCCGCCUACCGACCCCAAAGCCACACCCACUCCCCCGAGAGGAUCUUCCAACCCCCCACUCCUCCCUCCCCCUCUUCCUCCUCUAGGUACGGCUACGCCGGGCCCCCACCACCCCCUCCUCCAGGUAUGUGCGUUGAGAGACCUCCGACGUCCAAAUAUAAUGAGUACACUUGGUUCUCCCCCUACUUAUCAGUGGAUUAUAAAUAGGGGUGCAUCUGAUUAAAGAAGCCUUUGAAAAAACCUCUAAAUAUUCUACAGAAAGCACUUGGUUGUUCCCCCAUACUUAUGUAUAAUUAUAAAUGACUGUACUACCUACAAAAAGGUGCCUCUGGGUAAAGGUUGCCAUAGUACUCUGUCUGAUUUGGGCCGUCCUGUAGCUGUGACCAAGCCACCCGCUGACCAGUUUGUGUCUGCUAGUCAACCACUUCACUGCCCGUACCACUCGAGCAUGUCUUGCAUUCCUUCCAUCGAGCCAUUUAUCAGGCAGAGAUCGUCCGCAUCGGCGAGACAGCGAACACGAACCCCUCCUCCGACGACAGAGGCGGUUCCCAUGCAGGUGAUGGGACAGAUGACGAUCGAAGGAAGAUCCGCUUGUGGAAUCCCACUUGAUUGGCCGUCUUCGUUCCGAUGUAGCGAGCGAUGUCGAUAUUCGAAGAGGGGCCCAGCUCAUUCAGUGCUUCAAGGAAACGUAGAUGCUCAGAUGCAGUCCAGUA